CCAGCACUGUGCACGUAUGCAGGGCACUGGGUGAUGCAGAACAAUGUGAGUCUGCCCAAAAGACAUUUAGUUACACUUUCUCACAAAGGCACAACACUGAAUUGCUUUAUAGUCGUGAGCAACACCUAUCCCCUGGAGGUAACAUGAGGCGACAUCCUGGUGACUUUCUGGGAACGCACUGAGCCCCUCCCUCUGCAGCAGGUCUGAUUUUGAGAGGCAGCGCUCAUGGCGAGGGCCAAGUGGAGCAGACAAACUCUGGAGAGGAGCCGAGCUUUUUGAUCAGCGACCACGGCACGCCUAAGGGCCGGGUGGAAUGACCUGAAAAACCAGCUGCCUGAGAUUAUUACUACCUGCGAGGAGCAGCUCAGGAGCAACAACAGCACCUGGGACUUACUUUCCUCUCUUGGAUUAGUUCACACACACUACUCUUCUCCCUCGUGUCAGUGGACUAUGCCCCCCUCAGUCAGCUGAGGGAGGGGGCUCUGUGUUGCUCAGGCUCCCAUCUGGAGAAGGCUUGGGCUGACAUCAAAUAGGAGACGGUUAGGUAAUUGCUGAAGAUGCAAGCCUCAACUGGCUCACCUGUGACCAACACUACAGUUCCUUCAAACACAACCGCCACCACAAAGUCCAAAGAACAAGUACUCAUCCAGAGUUCUGGGGCAAUGAUCGCUGUCAUUGUCAUAGGUAUCAUAAUCAUUCUAACCAUUGUCCUGAUCAUCCUGAAGACGUACAACAGGCGGACACAUGUAUCCAGAGUCCUGGGAGCCAGCGGUGGCUCCAAACCUCGUGCGAAGACGUCACAAUCCACAACUCAGAGCAACAUGCCGCUGAGCACCAUGGGGGUCAGCUCUGUGUCAGGCAGCAUCGCCAAUUCAAUCCCAGGCUCAGACAACAGCUUCCGGCUGCCCAGAGUGGAGGAAAACCACAUAGAGCAAUUCAACACCACAAGUGGAUCCACUGUGGUCACCAUAAAUGACCCUCCAUCAUUAGGAAACACAUAGCAGGUGGACAAGUCUCACAACAGGCACUGACUGAUGUGCUACCUUCAUCCCUGACUGCAUACUGUGUGUUGACUGAAUCCUGUGGAAACACAAUCCAUGACGAUAGUGUUGUCACUGCCAUUCUCCACCAACUGAGCCACCGCUAGUCACUACAUGGAUAACAAGAUGUCCUCCUGGUGUACAAAAUGCACAAAAUGAACAAAAUUGUACUGAUAACAGACACGCUGGAUUUCAUAAGGGAUGUUGUAUGACAUAUUGAUAUGAAGAAUUGCUUUUUGGCUACAGUCAGUGUUCAGAGUAUGGAGGCCAUAGGUUUCUUACUGUUUGAAUUUUUAGCAGAUGUCCCAUCACAACUAAUGCAAUAAAGAAAAUGUGUGGUAAAGACUGUAAUGGCUUGAAAACAUUGGUCUUAAGUGUGUACAUUUCUAUAAUAAAGGAGGACCACAUAGGUAUGAGUAAAUGUAGAAUUAGUAUCAACUUCAUAGAAGACAAAGAGAAGCUAUGAAGCUAACUCAUUGUGUAAUGGAUACUAGUACGUUUGAGGAAAAUAUGUUGAUAUUGCAGAUUUUUCAAUAUGUCAAUAUUUAUGUCUUUGUCUUCUGAUCAGAUAUUCGUUCAGAUUAUUUUUUGUCAAAAAAUCUUUAAAAUGUCAUUGUAUUUUUCCCCCUUGUAUAACAAAAAAAAAGAUAGAGAGAGAUUUUGAGAGACAUCUGGGUGUAAGCCUAACACACUGAUGUAAAUCCUUUUUAGUUUGACACCAAAGGAUUUUGCACUUUAUUUUCUUUGCUCCCUGUAUUUGUAUUUGUA